AUGGAGUAUAGUGAAGGAUAUUUAUCACCUAGUGAAAGUUCUAAUAAAGAACCUAAUAGGGCUUCUUUAAUGGAUAUUCAACUACAACGAACAAUGAUAAAUCUAAAGAACUCAAAAAAAUGGAAGGAUCAAGAAAAAGAAGUUAGAUAUGG